UCUACACAUCUACAAUACUACUCUUUGAUCAUAAAUUAAGUGUAGAUUAUAAUAAAGUGUAAUAAAAUGAAGAAAAUGAAUGCCAAAGUUAGUAUUUUAUGUGUACAUUGUGUACUCAUUUGGUUAAGUUGGACUCCCUCUUACACAACAGCUAUAAGAAACUGUAGCGAUUGCACUAGUCUCAACGCAUGUGCUGCCGCCGUGACAGCAACAGAAAACCUCUCAGCCUGCGCGGCAAAGCUGCCAUCUUGCGUUCCAGGGAUUGAGUUUCAAAUGGCUGAUGAGCUCUCGAAGAACGCCUGCGGGCUCGAUGAUGCCGGGCUUAGAAUGAUGUGUUGCGCCGAGCUGACAGCUGGAGUACAGAGCAUAAUAGCAUCGGUCGACCAUCCCAACCGUCCCUUGUUACCGGACAACUGUGGUAUCGGAGAGGAGAGCGAUAUUAGCUACCGAAUAUCAGGAGGGGUUCCAGUUUUAGGACUCAACGACUAUCCUUGGAUGAUCUUCAUUUCUUACCAGACUCAGGCAGGACCGAUAUUCCAAUGCGGUGGUAGCCUGAUUAACGACCACUACGUGCUGACCGCGGCUCACUGUCUCUCCAGCAAGGCCGCCCUCAGUGUGAGGGUACGAGAGUACGAUGUGGAGACUAUAGGGCCCCCAACCGAUAUACCCAUAGAAGAGGCCAUUCCGCAUCCGGGAUACCGCCGUAAACCGGUCAUUACAGAUGACAUCGGACUCCUGAGGCUGAAAAAUCCUGUAAACUUAUAUUCCAAGAACGCUGGCACAAUUUGCCUGCCAGUGACCCACGACUUGCAGAACCAGGAUAUAAUCGCACUGAACGCCACCAUCGCACAAAGGAGGAAAGCGGAAGAAAACUACGAAUCAGCGACGCUGCUCUAUGUCGAUGUGUCUUUAUAUGGUGUCGAGUAUUGCCGGGAACAGUACAAUAAAAACAGAAAGCAUGGCGAGGAAGACAAGAUGAUCAACAAGAUCUGCUCCGACUCCAACAGCAAGGGUGCUUGUCGAGGGGUCUCCGGAGGCCCCUUGAUGGUCUGGGGCCCUUUCGGGGACCACAAGCGCUUUAUCCAGUACGGACUUGUGUCGUAUGGACCAAACCGUUGCGGCACCCUUUUACCUGAAGUGUACACCGAUGUUACGAAAUAUAUGAUGUGGAUUUUAAAUACAAUUAGACCUUGAGCCUGACUUGACUCGGGGAUUUGACAAAGCAGACCACUGUCCUGUUUAUCAAAAGCUUGUAACUUGUAAUACAAUUGGAAGUCCCUUUCUAACAAAGG